AUACUGUGCUGCUCUAACCAUGUUAUCCAAUUUGUUAGGCUGCCUACACGUCGCUCUUCGUCUCUGUUAGCACCAUUCGAUAGGCUUACCAAUGGCAGCUAAAGUGUUUUCAUGGACUCCAUCUCUCAGUCCUUCCAAAUUACGCCAAGCUCAGCCGCAGCAGCCAUGGCUGAGUCGACGCUCAAGCGCCAAGAAGAGAUCUGCACUGGUCGUUCGUGCCUCCCUUCCCGAGUCUCUCAUGGCUUCUUCUCCUCCUCCUCUUCUGCUACUGGAACAACUCCAUCAGCAGACACCAUCAACCUCGCUGUUUCUGCUGGCUGCAGACACCGCCGGUUACUCCUUGGCCAGUUACUACACUUCUUUGGGUCUCUUCGUCAUCUCUGUUCCAGGCCUUUGGUCCCUCAUCAAACGUUCUGUUAAAUCCAAGAUUGUGCAGAAGACCUUUAUUGGGGAAGAGAAGAAGGCACCAAAUCAAGUCGCAGGUGAAAUUCUCUCCUUCUUCACUCGCAACAAUUUUGUGGUCACUGAUAGAGGAGAGACCAUCACGUUUGAAGGCAUGAUGGUUCCAAGUCGAGGCCAAGCAGCAUUGCUGACCUUUUGCACCUGCAUCAGCCUCGCAAGUGUAGCCCUUGUUCUUACAAUAACUGUUCCAGAUUUCGGCAACAAUUGGUUUUGGAUCACCACCUUAAGUCCAUUGGCGGGAGCAUAUUACUGGAAACGAGCCGCAAGAAAGGAGCAGAUCAAGGUGAAAAUGAUAGUCAUAGAUGACGGUACACAGUCAGAGGUUGUCGUUCAAGGGGAUGACCAGCAAGUAGAGCAAAUGAGGAAGGAGCUUAAACUGAGUGAGAAAGGAAUGGUGUAUGUUAAGGGUCUAUUCGAGAGAUGAGUAGAACACCUAUCUCUGUAUUCAAUGUGUCGCUUGGAGAGGACUAGGAAAUGAGGCUCAUAUAUUCUGAAGUAUCCUGAAAGAUUUUGAUAUGUAUACUAACCAACUAUAUAGUCAUAAACUAGCACCAGAUUGUUCAGUUGAA